GAGAGUACAAGAGACAGCGAACGAAUGUGAGGACGAAUGUUAGAAUGUAAGGAGAAACGAGCGAAGUAAGAGCGAAAUAAAGAAAAGCAAUAAAGUCGUAAACCAGUUUAAUAAAUUAGUACCCGGAUAUUUCCUACAAUUUAUCAGAAGUGGGAUUCGCCUACGUAAGUUUUGGUGAGCGCGACGCGAAAGGAACUGAGAAUUUCGAAAUAUUUUGUUGGGUCGACACGUGGAGAGACACGGGAAAUCGACGCCAUUAGUCGUUCGGUGUGUUUUGAAUUUCGAAGUUCGGUAUUGCGAGAACACGUGCGUUUUUCUUCUCUGGUCGUGAUGGCUAACGAAGGGCAAGGCAGAGAAGAACGGUAUUUUCGCAAUUUGGCAACGGUAUUGCCGGCAUUUGAUCCUGUUGUGGGCGAGUUCACGAUCGACGAAUGGAUCGAGAAGAUAGAACAAUACGGGGACCUUUACCAGUGGGACGAGAUCGCCGUUCGCCACUAUGCCCUGAUGAAGUUAACGGGUGUAGCGAGGAGAUGGAGGGAUAGUUUGCCUCGCAUGGACCGAUCAUGGGUGCAAUGGAAGGAACUGCUAAGAGAGAAUUUUCCAGCGGAUGAAAGCAUGGUGAGUGCCAGACUACGAGCUGAAACCUAUAAGAAAAAACCUAAUCAGACCAUCGUUGAAUAUUCUUAUGAAAAAUUGUCGACAUGUAACAAAUCAAAGAUGGGAGACCGCGAUGCAAUCGAAUGGAUCGUUAACGGCCUUGAUAACAUUCGACUUAGGGAUUACCUAGGACCGUUAGCUCGAUAUAAAAAACCAAGCGAGUUGUUGACAGAUUUGCGAAACGCGGGCAGCUACACAAAGGAACCGUUGGCAACGACGUCUAACGAACGACCCGAUAACAACGGCGCGGUAAAUCGACGUUCACCUCUAAAGUGUCACGAGUGUAAACAAAUCGGGCAUAUGGCGCGAUUUUGUAAUAAACCAAAAAACGUGCCAACCUGUUUCAAAUGUGAAGCCAGUGGACACAUUUCGCGUACGUGUACGGCAAAUAGAUCGUCUAGGUCGGCGGGAAUUACGAACGAAUCAAUGCAAGCAAAUUCGCGGGAUCAACCGGUAUUCUAUAUUAACGGAGAUACACACCAGAAAUAUUUCAAAGACGCGAUCAUUAACGGGCGGUAAGUGAAAUGUUAUGUUGACUUAGGAAGCAGUGUAGUGGCCUUGCGAAAGGAUGUCGCGGACGAACUGGGACUUAGUUAUCACGAGACGAAAUUGAACUGUUUUGUGGGUUAUGGCAAAUGACGCGUACAGCUGCUGGGAGUGCUGACGGCUGAUAUCAGCAUCGACGGUGUGACGGUGAGGACGGAGGUGCAUGUUGUUCUGAAAGGGAGCCAGGCUGUGUCCCUUUUGGUUGGUCAUCCAUAUACGGAGAAUCCAGAGGUGAUCGUAAUCAGCAGAGCAGGGGAGCUGCGGAUAACGGGCAGAGAGGACAACCCCUUCCAGAUCGAGCCACAAUACGC